AUAUUGGUAUUGAUAUUGAUAUUGAUAUUAGUAUUGAUAUUGAUGUUUAUAUUGAUAUUGAUAUUGAUAUUGGUAUUGAUAUUGAUAUUAAUAUUGAUAUUGAUAUUGAUAUUGAUAUUGAUAUUGAUAUUGAUAUUGAUAUUAGUAUUGAUAUUGAUGUUUAUAUUGAUAUUGAUAUUGAUAUUGGUAUUGAUAUUGAUAUUGAUAUUGAUAUUGAUAUUGAUAUUGAUAUUGAUAUUGAUAUUGAUAUUGAUAAUAAUAUUGACAUUGAUAUUGAUAUUGAUAAUGAAAACGAUAUUGAUAUUGAUAUGGAUAUUGAUAUUGAUAUAGAUAUAGAUAUUGAUAUUGAUAUUGAUAUUGAUAUUGAUAUUGAUAUUGAUAUUGAUAUUGAUAUUGAUAUUGACAUUGAUAUUCAUGCUCAUAUUCAUAUCUAUAUUCAAAUUUAUAUUGGUAUUCAAAUUCAUAUUGGUAUUCAUAUUCAUAUUGAUGUUGAUAUUGAUAUUGGUAAUGAUAUUGAUAUUGAUAUUGAUAUUGAUGCUAAUAAUGAUAUUGAUAUUGAUAUCGAUAUUGAUAUUGGUAGUGAUAUUGAUAUCGAUAUUCUUAUUGAGAUUGAUAUUGGUAUUGAUAUAUGA